AUGAAUAAAGAACAACAAGAACAACUUGAAGUUCUAGAAAAGAAGAUACGAAUUGCAAAAGAAGAAAAUGAGGAAUUGAAAAGACUAAUUGAAUAUGAAAAGGAGAAACAGAAGACAUUUGAAGAGCGUAUUAAAGAGAACAAGAUCAAACACAGUAAAAACCCACCAAAAAUGGAAGAAAUCAAUCAAGAAUAA